CACAUUGGGCAGGAAAAACUCGAAGGCCGGGAACGUUCCGAAGGCCAGAGGAAACUUCAAUUUGUCGGCCACAGCGUCCCUUCCUGCUGCGUUCUAGAAGUCAGUCUGAAAACGCCCAGCAUGCCUACCGAGUGCACGGAAACCAAGUUCACCAUCCCGUAUGGCAGCCUGGCUGCCAAAUCGUGGGGUGACCAGGCGCGGGCCACCACCCGCGUCCUGGCACUGCACGGCUGGAGAAACAACGGCGGCACCUUCGACACCCUUAUUCCGCUUCUCGCACCAGAGAUGUUUAUCGUCGCUCUGGACCUGAGCGGUCACGGCCUGUCGUCGCACAAGCCUGCCGGCUGCAGCUACAGCUACCACGAGUACGUCAUGGACGUGUGCCGCGUCGUGCAACAGCUCAAGUGGGAGCGCUUCUGCAUCAUGGGUCACAGCUUCGGCUGCACCGUGGGCAUGAUGUACGCGAGCUUCUUCCCGGACCGCGUCCAGUGCGUCGUCGCGCUGGACUUGUACGCGCCGCUGCAUGUGCCGCGCGAACGCCUCACCCAGGACACCAGCAAGCUGAUUAGCAGCUUCAUUCACCUGGAAACCAAGCUGAACCAGCCGCCGGCUUACACCGAGGACGAGUUGCUUAAGAGGCUCGACGAAGCCACGCUGCACACUCUCAAUAAGGACACUAUGCGAAUCCUAAUGGCCAGGGACGUCGCUCGUGCCACCGGCCCCGACCAGGAAGGCAAGCUCGUCUUGCGCACGGACCAGAGGACCAAGGUCAUCAGCACGGUGCUGCUGGACGCGGAUUUCCAGUACACGCUCAUGGAGAAGAUCCGCUGUGAUCUGCUGAUGAUAACGGCGUCCGAGAUCGACGAGCGCAUUAUGCGCCAGAGCAUGGACCGAUUCUUCGCCCUUUACAAGCGCUGCUGCCCCCGCUUCAAGCACGUUGAGGUCGAGGGAAACCACUACGUACACCUCAACCAUCCCGAGAGAGUGGCCCCGCUGAUAAACGAAUUUUUGGCGGAUGUAAAGUCGGUGUAAGAAACUGUAAGGGAUGGAGAUAUUUCAAAAAUGUUUAUUUUGAGACGGACAAAUAUUUCACGGGAGAGUUUUACAAAAUUUAUAAUGACGUAGCUUGCUUGACCUGUUUGCGCGUGUUGGAUCAGAAUGAUAAACCGGCAGAGAUAGGGACGUGGCAUAGAAGUAGCAUAAAAAUUAGCGCAAGUGCGAGGACAAAAUUUGAGAAUUAGUGAAGGCACACUUUCAAAGGAAUGAACGUGUGAAGUUAAUUAAAAAAACAUCCUUCUGAAAAAAAAAAAGAAGUGCGCGCUUGAGUAGUGUGCUUUCAAUAUUCUUGUUACCUCUCUCGCAAAACUACUUCAGUAUGCGCUCUUCUGCUUUAUGUCCCUUAUGGCGACGUUGUCCUAUUUAAAGCUCUACUUAGCCAUUGAAGCUUACUGAAAAGAACGGUGGCGGUAUCUGACAGUACUUUUUUCCGCAUUGUUUGUGGUGCGAGGGUUGUUGCGAAGUCCGAUGGUCCGAGCGGCCACGAAGCGUCCAUGGAUGGUGCGGUGCCAGGUACCGGGAGAAAGGAGAGGCCCAGAGCCACGUCGAAGAGAUGGGAAAAGAGUUUAAUAUACAAAUUUACAUGAUCUGGUUUUCGUGUCCGACACAUCACAGCACUCAAGCUCUCCUUUUUAUCCCUUCCGUUUCCCUCUUUCACUUGACGAGGGAAUGCACUUUAUUUCUUCUUAGCCAAUGAACACCUCCAACCAGUUCGUCAUAUCCCGCCCAUGAUGUGUCCCCGUACCACCGGGCUCCGCCUCCUAUCUUGCCUGGUCGCCCCGCACACAGGCAAUGGUUCACACCUUGGGAACCAAAUGCUGAUGUGGCCCCCACGGGAAUGCUAGACACUGGCGCCUUGCAAGAGUCGCCUCUCCGUAGCGGUCAAUUCGCGGAAGCCACCAUUUCCAGGGAGGGCGCUGGCUGUUGUCUCGAAAGAGGCUCCAGGCUGGCGCGUCACAGUCGGCGCCGGGCCUUGUCGUAGUUCGGGCGGCGCUGGUAAUUCACGGAAACGCAGCAAGAGCGACGUUGCCGUUUAGCGACGCAUGGGGCCAAUGACUCCUUGCAGCCUGGGGACUAAUUGUUCAUCCAUCAGUCCCAGGUGACACUCCCCGGCCGCGAGAACCGACAAGCGUGAAGAGCACUUGAUAGCUUACCGUCUGUCGAUGAGGCCUCCUUUGUCCCGAAGGACCGCCAGACACAACAGGGUGUGCGCGAUAGAAUGUACAGAAGUGAACAAAAUAUUUCAUUUGAUAGUUGGAAGAUUAUGAGCUAUGCAUACAUUCAGGGAAAUUGAUCUGGAAACACAAGGUCAUUCAUCAAAUAGAUCCUUGCCGUUGUUUCCCUUUUCCCUUAUGAAGUAUGUUAUGAAAAAUUAAGCUUAUUUCUUUUGCAUUGGCUCAAGUUUCUUCCUAAUACAGCAUAGUUAUGUUGCACUAUUCACCUCUGCAAAUGCUUCGGGUCAACCAAGCCAACGGCCAAACAGUCGUUUCUUAGGUUCCUUCUGCUUGCAUCUCAUGAGAUUCAGAAGUGACAGGAUCCUUCAUGAGGUGCUGAGUUGAUACUUUCUUGCCGUCCAGCUGAUGUUGUCUAGGCUUCUAAAGAUUUACAUUAUAUCUUUGUGAACGUCGUUCUAAGGGCUACCGCCAUUUCAAAAUUAUGCGCUACCUCUGCUUUUAUUCUAAGAGCACGCUGUUAAACAGUGCCAUCGCGAGAAGUGUUUUACUAAUAGGACACAUUAAAACUCUACAGGAAAUUCUACAGGAAAUUAUGAACUUAAGCCGGCUGUGUAAAUUUUCUUUUGUUGUUUAUACGCUUACGGCUCCAGAAAACUGCAGUGUAGCCUAUUAACAAGCCGAAUCUACAUUGUGUACAUUAGGCUACUGAGGAAUGUCGCACAAUGAUAAUAUUGCGAGGAUGGCGUUUCUGUACCGAUCCAAGCAGUAUCCUAAAAUUUAAAGGUGUCUCAACAAUUGCUAUUGCUUAGCUUUGCUUCUUUACAUUUUUGUAACCAUGGAUUUACAUUUUCAUAUCUUUGUCGCUACAGCCGUAUCACGCACAAUAUUUUCGCUCACACUCUUGAGCAAAGAAUGUCGACGUGCUUUUACCUAUAUAGCCGGGCCACUACCCACUCGUGUUUGAGUCACGUUCCCACUGUUCGACGCACAUCAUAGCAUUUUAGGAGUUAGAAAUUGCACUCACUGCGCACUUUUUCUGUUGAUUUUAGCAUUUAUUGUUAUCCCUUAAGCGUUGCGAUAAUGUAGCUUGUGCGUUUCACACAGAAACAUGGCUAUAUUUAACAUGUGAAUGUUUUCUUGAGCAUUCUCAUUUGUAAUAAUACUGUGUGAAUAUACGUGUGUGUAAGUUAUUGGAAAGCACUUCAGAAUUUGUAUAGCAGCCUGUAAGUCACACUUUAGGUGCACAUCCUUGUCUUGGGCAUUUAUACUUGGAAGCGAAACCGGAGUCGAAUUUGCCGAUCGUUCAUUUCUUCACGUUCCUGAAGUGGGAUGUUGAAAUGCGUGCAAUGGAGUCAUGAUUCUAAGGUUUCUGUGUCCAAUAGUUGAGGCAUUGUGUUUAUUUAUUGGAACACACCAUACAAAAUAACCGCGCCUUUGAAGCCAACAUAUCCGCAAAACGAGGAUAUGACUGAAAAUACUCUUCAAAUCAGUUUAAUAACGCACCUGCCGACAUGCUAGCGCUAGUGUUGUGAACUCAUGUUUUUACAACGUGUGUACGUCUGGUGGACAUUACAGGAAGGUGUCUUGUCUUGGGCUUUUUUUUUUAUGGGACUGCAUAACGCACAGUCACAUUUAGCUGCUGCCUGCCGUAGGGUUUUGCUAUUGCUUCUCAUUUUAUGCAUAUCGAAUUGCACGUGUGUUAGCGCGCAUAAAUGUUUUUUUUUUUCUUGUGCUGACGCCAGGCAUACUAUGCAAGCAGGGCGUCAUCGUUCGCUGCAUUGUUAUAAGGGUGUUAUAAUGCAGCCAUUUAGCGGUGUGCUUCCCUAUGGCUAAAUAAAGCAUAACUGCCCUUGCAACUUUUUCCCAAUUCCCUUCACAGGGUAGUACGUACAUGCUGGAGAAAUGGUGGAGUUGUUUUACUGCAUGAAUGGAUGAGCUGAAGAAUGGCCGUAGGCAUAAAUGAGUAAAUGCUUUUACAUGUGCUAAUAGAAUGUGGGUGGGUCAAAGGUACGGAAGGCUGUGAUUCUCCCCGGAGAGCUCGCACUCGGUGAAAUGAAAAUGCUAUUUUCACCAAGGUGUUUGCACUUCUGUGUGAAUAGUCGUUCGAACAUGUUGGAGUGAUAUUUUGCGCUGUGUUUUAUGUGGAUCAUUGUUACAGUUGCAAAGGUGUGUGUUUGUUUAAUAAACUUUUGUUUGUCACUGCUA